AUGGAAACGGAAGCGGAUAUAGUUGUAGUGGGUGGGGGUAUUGCGGGUGUGACAUGUUGCGAAACUUUGGCUUUUCUUGGUCCAAAUUUAAAAAUAAUUUUAAUAACAAAAUCACAAUUAAUUAAAACGGUUACAAAUCUCGUUGCAAUCACGAAAACAAUCGUUAAUUUCGAUGUCGAAGAAAAAAAUGCCGAAACUUUACACGAAAAAUAUUCGAAUGUUACAAUCAUUUUUGAUACACUCCUCGAAAUUAUUUCCCACGAAAAAACAAUUCGAACUGAAUCGAAUCGUUGUAUUAAAUACAAAUUUGUAUGUCUUUGUAUGGGAGGACAACCGAAAUUAAUCGAUUUUAACAAUAAAUUCGUGUUAGGAAUUCGCGAUACAGAUUCGGUAUCGAUUUUACAAGAUCGAAUUAAAUCGUCGAGAAAAAUUUUAAUUGUGGGAAAUGGUGGAAUUGCAACCGAAUUAGUUUACGAAUUAAAAAAUAUCGAAAUUAUUUGGGCAGUUAAAGAUAAUUUUAUAUCAUCGACAUUUCUAGAUCCCGGUGCUGCGGAAUUUUUCCAAUUUAAAAUGAAAGAUGCGGAUGCGUCCGGGCAAGCUAAAACUAUCGUGAAACGUUUACGAUACUCUGAAAUUGGGAAUGGAUCUCGUAGUGGGGGGGUUGCUUUAGGACCUGAUUGGCAUACGAAAUUUGAUAUUUCGGGAACAUGUUCGAAAAGUGUUUCGAUAAUUUAUAAUUCGGAAAUUGAACAAGUUACGCAUCUCGAAAAUGAAGAAUGGCCUUUAUCGGUUCGAUUAACAAAUGGGACGUGUGUUGAAUGCGAUUUAAUUGUUUCGGCGACGGGUGUUUUACCUUGUUCGAAUAUUAAAACGGAUCAGGAGUUAAAAUUAGCUGCGGAUGGAGGUAUUGAAGUUAAUGGUCAAAUGGAAACAUCUAUUUCAGGUGUAUAUGCAGCUGGAGAUGUUUGCACCGCUAAUUGGGAACACGCUAAACAUUGGUUUCAAAUGCGUUUAUGGUCUCAAGCACGACAAAUGGCUUCAUAUGCAGCUAAAUCGAUAAUAUCCCGCAUACAGGAUGAACAAGUGUUACAAGAUUUCUGUUUUGAAUUAUUCUCGCAUUCGACAACUUUAUUCGGGUUCAAAGUAAUUCUGUUGGGUCUAUUUAAUGGUCAAAAGUUACAUAAUCAAUAUGAAUGUCUGGUUCGAAUUACCCCAAACAUGGAAUAUAUUAAAUUGGUUAUACAAGAUGGUAAAAUUCAAGGAGCGAUUUUAAUUGGUGAUACCGAUUUGGAAGAAACCAUGGAAAAUUUAAUUUUAAAUCAAUUAGAUGUGAGUGUUUAUGGGGAGGAUUUAUUGAAUCCUGAUAUUGAUAUCGAGGACUAUUUUGAUUAAAAAAUUUAUAAUAAAUAGUGAAUUAUUAAAAA